AUGGCAGAAAAGAACCAAGAGUACCCUUUUGCACCAGCUAAUGGUUACACCAGAAGCGAUCAAGAAUCAGGUGGUUUAUCAGCCGAGGAACUCAAACGCAAGAAGAAGAUCAAAAUAGCUAUAUAUGUGGUUGCUUUUGUAAUUUUUCAGGUCAUUGUUAUCACGGCUUUUUCACUAACUGUCAUGAAAGUUAAGACUCCUAAGCUGAGACUAGAGAACACUCAGCUCCAAACAUUGACCACAAAUGCUUCUAAUUCUCCUUCUUUUGAUGGGAGCUUCUCGACCCAAGUUAGGGUCAAGAACACCAACUUCGGGCCAUACAAGUUUGAAGCCACCACUCUCAACUUCAACUACGGCGGAGCCACCGUAGGACAGGUUGUGAUUCCUAAGGGCAAGGCUGGAAUGAAGUCCACCAAGAAGAUUAACGAUGUGACUGUUGUGUUUAGCUCAACCCAAUUGCCAAACAGUGCUGAGCUUGGUAGUGAGUUGACCGCCGGAACGUUGACUCUCAGCAGCUCGGCCAGGAUGAACGGGAAGGUGGAGCUGAUGCUGAUCAUGAAGAAGAAGAAGUCGACCAACAUGAACUGCACUAUUACUAUUGAUGUGGCUCAAAAGACCGUAAAGAGUUUGCAAUGUAAAUAA